GUUACAGGGCGGUCUUCCUCACUUUCUGCAGAGUUGCCAUUUUCCGCUCCUCUAGUUAAUAAACAUCCGCGGUUCCUCCCCCAUUCCCCUCACUGCCGCCAGGAUGGAGAUCAGCUUCGCGGGACACCGAGCCCUGGUCACCGGGGCUGGGAAGGGGAUCGGGCGGAGCACAGUGAAGGCGCUGCGGGCGGCCGGGGCAGAGGUGGUCGCCCUGAGCAGGAGCUCUGAGGACCUGGAGAGCCUGGCCCGGGAGUGCCCAGGAGUGGAGACUGUGUGCGUGGACUUGGGGGACUGGUCAGCGACAGAGGCCUCCUUGGGUAAUAUUGGAGCGGUGGACCUUCUGGUAAAUAAUGCCGGGGUAGCUUUGCUUCAGCCUUUUCUUGAAGUCACACAGGAAGCAUUUGACAGGAGCUUUGAUGUGAAUGUGAGAGCGGCCAUCUUGGUGUCACAGAUUGUUGCCCGUCAGAUGAUUGAGCGCGGAGUUGGUGGAGCCAUUGUCAACGUGUCCAGCCAAGCAUCACAAGUAGCGUUACAGAACCACUCUGUCUAUUGUGCCACCAAAGGAGCUCUCGACAUGUUAACUAAGACGAUGGCUCUUGAACUGGGACCCAAGAAGAUUCGUGUAAAUUGUGUGAAUCCCACCGUAGUGAUGACCAACAUGGGACGCGCUAACUGGAGUGACGCUCACAAAGCUGCUCCGAUGCUGAAUCGAAUCCCCUUAGGUCGCUUUGCAGAGGUGGAGGAGGUGGUUCACAGCAUUCUCUUCUUGCUCAGUGAUAAAAGUGCCAUGAUCACCGGCUCGUGUCUCCCUGUGGAUGGAGGAUACCUGGUAACCUGACCGACAGAAAACUGAUUCCUCAGCUUGGCGGAGAACCGCGGUGUCUGUGCUGUAAAACAACCCUGGAAGCUUUCAGAUAGAAGAUAUUGUGCCUCAGCUCAGCCCCUGAUGCUGGAUAGAUUUGUUUGUCCUUUAGGCUUUCCCUGUGAGAGGAAAUGUGAUUAUAGCCAGGACAAGGUUAUGUAAUGAAAACGUAUAUAUCUGUAGGACCAGCGAAUGGAUCGCAGCUCUGCCCGCCUCACAAGAUGAUCAAUAAACCAUUACUGGAAACACUCUGGGGCCUGGAUAAUUGAGUAGAUGGCCUCGGGUUUGGGGAGGAGCCCAGAGCAACGUGGUUAGAUUUAUAAUGUAUUGUCUCUUGUCUCCAAACUGUACAGGGAGAGAUUGCCCAUAGCAACCAAUCAGAUCGCUUCUUUCAUUUUGCAGAGGCCUUGUAAAUAAUGAAAGCAGCAAUCUGAUUGGUUGCUAUGGGCAACUCAGCAAUUUUUCCUCUGGACAGGCUUUGAUAAAUCUCCCCCUCUAUCUUUACUGAAGGUGAAUGGUGUCUACAGUCACAUAAUAACACAUCCGGUCCGUAUUGCACAAUGUGCGCCUCAUAAGGCCCCUGAGGGAACAGAGAGAUG